AUGGAAAAGAAGAUGCAACAAUUGAGGAGAUCAAGAGAGCCGCUAAGCUUGCCAACGCAGCAAAUUUCAUUGAUAAGUUGCCCAAUGGUUAUGACACAAUGGUUGGCCAGCGUGGUGCUCAACUUUCAGGAGGACAAAAGCAAAGGAUUGCAAUUGCGGGCAAUCAUUAAAAACCCCAAAAUACUUUUGUUAGAUGAGGCUACUAGCGCAUUGGAUGUGGAGUCGGAGAGGAUAGUUCAGGAGGCAUUGGAUAGGAUCAUGCUGGACAGAACUACGCUUGUGGUUGCACAUCGUCUAACUACUGUGAGAAAUGUUGAUUGCAUAUCAGUUAUUCAACAAGGAAAGAUAGUUGAACAAGGUUCCCAUGAUGAAUUAAUACUAAACUUAGAUGGUGCAUACUCUCAACUUAUUCUUCUCCAAGAAAGUCAUGUAGAGCAGAAAAUAGACCAUCGACUAUCUACCCCAAGAUCAAGUACAAGCCUAUCAUUGAAGCGGUCGAUUAGUGCUUCACUAGGGAAUGAUACUGAGCUUUCUUUCACACUCCCCUUGGGGCUACCUAGCACAAUUGAUUUGCCUGGAGAAUAUGAUACACAUGGAAAGAAUCAAAAAGAGAAGAAUGAUGGGGGAGAGGCAGGAAAGAAAGAUCCUAUGGUACGUCUAGCAAUUCUUAACAAGCCAGAGGUACCUAUUCUUAUAUUAGGAUCCUUAGCUGCAGCAGUUCAUGGAGUUGUUUUUCCAAUGUUUGGUUUAGUGAUUUCAAGUGCAAUUAAAUCUUUAUAUGAGCCACCAGAUAAACUGAGAAGUGAUACAAGUUUUUGGGGUAUGAUGUGCUUUGUUAUGGGUAUCAUAUCAGUAAUCACAAUACCAGCAGAGUUCUUAUUAUUUGGAAUAGCCGGAGGCAAGCUUAUAGAGCGCAUCCGAGCUUUGUCAUUUCAAAGCAUUGUUCACCAAGAAGUUGCUUGGUUUGAUGAUCCUAGAAAUUCCAGGUACUAUAACUGUCAAAUUAUAUCUUACAGCGGAGCACUUGGUGCAAGACUAUCAAUUGAUGCUUUGAACGUCCGGCGUUUAGUGGGCGAUAACUUGUCAUUAAUUAUUCAACUUAGCUCAACGCUUGUCACAGGAGUUGUCAUUGCUAUGAUAGCCGACUGGAAGCUCGCUUUGAUCACCAUGUGUGUGAUUCCACUUGUGGGUCUUGAAAGUUAUGCCCACAUGAAGUUCUUGAAUGGUUUUAGUCAAGAUGCUAAGAUGAUGUAUGAAGAUGCAAGUCAAGUGGCCACGGAUGCAGUUAGUAGUAUAAGGACAAUAGCUUCCUUUUGUUCUGAGAAAAGAAUUACAAGAAUAUAUGAUCAUAAAUGUGAAGCCUCAGUGAAUCAAGGAGUCAAAACAGGAAUAGUUGGGGGUAUUGGAUUUGGUUUCUCUUACUUGACAUUGUACCUCACAUACGGCCUUUGUUUCUAUGUCGGGGGGCAAUUCGUGCAACAAGGCAAAUCAAAUUUUGGUGAAGUUUUUAAGGUUUUCUUUGCACUGGUCUUAGCAACUAUGGGAGUAUCUGAAACAAGUGCAAUGGCCUCUGAUUCAAAAAAAGCAAAGGAUUCAGCUAUCUCUAUAUUUACUUUGCUAGACCGAAUAUCCAAAAUCGAUUCAAGCAGCAAUCAGGGUUUGACAUUGGAUGAGGUCAAGGGCAACAUUGAUUUCCAACAUGUCAGCUUCAAGUACCCAACUCGCCUAGAUAUUCAAAUCUUCCAUGACUUUACCUUGCACAUACCCUCUGGAAAGAUUGUUGCACUUGUUGGAGAGAGUGGUAGCGGCAAGUCAACUGUAAUCACACUAUUGGAGAGAUUCUACAAUCCCGAUUCAGGUACCAUUCAAUUGGAUGGAGUGGAAAUCAAGAGCUUAAACAUCAAUUGGUUUAGAGACCAAAUUGGACUGGUGAGCCAAGAGCCUGUACUCUUCAAUUACACAAUACGUGCCAACAUAGCCUAUGGUAAGGACGGGGACGUCACCGAAGAGGAGCUCAUUGCAGCUGCGAAAAUAUCCAAUGCACAUGAGUUCAUAUCAAGCCUUCCUCAAGGAUAUGGCACCUCCAUUGGGGAGAGGGGGACACAACUAUCCGGUGGCCAGAAGCAGCGGGUGGCUAUUGCGAGGGCGAUACUCAAAGAUCCUAAGAUACUACUACUCGACGAAGCAACUAGCGCCUUGGAUGCAGAAUCUGAGCGAAUUGUGCAGAAUGCCUUAGAUCAUGUGAUGGUUGGCAGGACCACGAUUGUCGUGGCACACCGCCUAUCUACUAUCAAAGGCGUCGAUAUCAUUGCAGUUCUCAAAGAUGGUGCAAUAGUGGAGAAAGGAAGUCAUGAGUCCUUGGUCAACAUCAAAGAUGGAUUGUAUGCUUCACUAGUUGAAUUCCGUUCAGCAUCACCGUAA